AUGGGAGAUGUCACUAUUGACAUUGGAAGACCUCUGAAUGCUCGAAAUCUGAAGAGUAUGGGGGUAAUUGAGCAAGUCAGAACUAAACCAACUCAAGACACUUUAUGGGAAGCACUCAAGGAUCAGAGGAAGAUUCCCAACGGUCUCUACCUCUUCUCCAAGAUUGACCCUCAAGAAGUGGUAGCUCACUAUCUGCAAGAUCUUGCAAACCAAGGGGUGGACAUUUCUGAGUUCUCUGUGGACUGGCUACCUGAGCGUCCACCAAAUUUUGUGAAGAGACAACGGGAUCCAUCUGGGAAGUCCAAGAAGGCAAAGAAGGCAAAGUUGGGAGAAACCUCUGGGUCAAGACCUCCAGUCCAUCUGGCUGAUUCUCCAAAAACUCCUCCCUCCACCACCAGAACUUCUAACCCACCAUCCCUUAAAUUCAAUCUCGCAACCACUACCCUACCUGUUUCUGAAGCAGAAAUGCUGAACGAAACCACCUCACCAUCAUCUUUCUCACCUUCCUCCUCACCAUACUAUAUUCUCUCAUCAGACAACGAACCCUCUGACCCCGAAUCCCCCACUCUAGCUCAACUUCAGGCAUGUGCUCUGGCCUCACAGCAACCAUCACAACCUGAACCUGAACCUGAAGUCACCUCUCCACCCCUUGAACAACAAAAUCCACCUCCAUCUGAUCAACCUCAAACACCAACCCCUAAACAACAAACUAAUCCACCUCCUGAACAACCAGUACCCUCACCAUAUGAACAUCCACCAAAUCCACAACCUGAUCAAACAACACCACCUCCCUCUGAUAUUCCUCCGCCACCAACCUCUAAUGCCAUCAUCACUCCUUAA